AUGAAUCGUGACCCGCAGAAUGCGCUGCUGCUGGAGCAAACGGCGCAGAAGGCAAAGCGGCUGCUUCUCCAGCGUAGCCCGACCACAGUGAAUGGCAUUCGAAGCUUCAGCCGGUCUCUCGGGAUCGCCGACGACCUCGGCAGCACGCAGGUGACCGCAGAGGAGCUGCGUCGCGCGCUUCAAGAGAACAAUGUUUCGCUAGAGGAGCACGAGAUUCAAAACAUCUUUACAGUACUGGACCGCAAUGGUAAGGGCACGAUUGACCCCACAGACUUCAUUGCUGUCAUGUGCAACCACAUCAGUCCGCUGCGCAAAGUGUGGCUGCGGCGUGUAUGGCGAAUAUUUAUCAAGGACCCUGACGAUGGUUCGGUGCAGGUGUGCGAGCUGCAGCGGCAGUUUAUAGCGGAGGGUCAUCCAGCGGUCGUACGCCACGAGACAACCGCAGCGGAGGUGCGCAAGGAAUUUGAAUCGGCCUUCAACGAAAGCACCAAUCCAGAUGGAAAGAUAAGCGCUCAGGAGUUCGCGGAGUACUACGCUGGUAUCUCAGCCUCCUGCAGCACCGAUGAAUCCUUCGUGGCCCUACUCCGUGGUGUGUGGCCGCUGCCCGGUGUUUCGCGCGACUUCUCCAUCUCACUCGCGAAGGGCGAGGCGGAGUACCAAGGCUCCUAUCACACGGAACAGAGUUUAGAAGAAAAGAUGAAUGUCGCCAGCCGCGAGGCAGCGCGAUCGGCGUUGAUGAGCAUGAUUCGUUGCGAUCACGCACCGGCCGUUCUCAGUAGUGGCGCCGCAGCCCGAGCACUGUGCCUCUCUCUAGCGCAAGCUGACGAGGCGUGCUCGGGUUUCGUGAGCGAGGCUGUGUUUCUGGGUGCUCUGCAGACGCACCGUCUCUACGUACUGAACACGUCCGUGUUGGAAUGCCUAGACACCAACGGAGAUGGAUAUAUCGACAUCAAGUACUACGAGGAACUGUUACUGCCUUCGCCGUCUGCCGCGCGUCUCAUGCUGCUGGCACGGCUGUGGUCGCGCUGCUUCGAGAACAAAGACGCGGCCUACCGCGUGCCAGUGCAAGAUCUGCACCGAAAAUACCACGCCUCGAGUCCGGCAGACAAAGACGCGUUCCUUACCGCCUGGGAUGUGAGAACGGCCGUCGGCGGCAAGGUUGAGCUGGAGGAACUGGUCCAGUGGUAUGUGCCGCAGAGUGCGGCGGUGCCGCGCGACAAUGAUUUCGAGGAGCUUCUGCACCGGCAGUGGGGAAAGUACGACGAGUAG